AUGGGUACUGGCGCGGAAUCUCCUGGGCUAUCAUGCCCGUUGGACGUGGACCUCUUUCCAGCAUACAGCGAUGAUUCCCCCUUGUGCGAUUGCUCAUUCGCACAUUUGUUACUGGCACUCAUUGUUCGGCGCGACCAAGUUCUAAUGGGCAUUGGCUUUCCAUGGGGGGCAACUAGCAGAACAUGCAGAUGCCGGUGUCUUUGCAUGGAGAGCACUUGGAUUAGGUUACGAUUAUGCGCAUGCAGCGCUACGAUAUGUCUGGGCUGGACACUAUCCUGUCUUUACAGCGUAUUGAUUCGUUGGCAUUCACGUUUCGUUCAUGUUCCCCUCGCAGUGGCUUUUGCUCUGUAUGCAACGGCCUUGUUUUACUCAAUACCCUUUUAA